ACUCUUUAUUUCCAUCUUACUCACUUCUUUCUUUGCUCCUUCCAAAUUUUCAAUUCAAAUUCUCAUUUAAUUUUCCUUAAGCUCUUCUUUUUCUGGGUCCUUUAAUUUCCGUUUUUGGAACUCAAAGUGCCUUGAAUUUUUAUUUUCUUUGCCUUGAAGGGCCCAACCACUACUUUGCAAAGGCGAGGGAAAAUGUACGGAGACUGCCAAGUUCUGACAUCAAUGGGAGGCAACGUAGUCUCUUCAGAUUCCCUCUUUUCUUCGCCGAUCCGAAACCCUAACUUCAACUUCAUGUCAUCCAUGGGUGGCCCUUUCCAUGCCUUCUCAUCCAUCAUUCCCAAGGAAGAGAGUGGGCUUUUGAGAGGGAAAGAUGAGAUGGAGAGUGGGUCUGGAAGUGAGCAUAUCGAAGGAGUGUCAGGCAACGAGCAAGAGAACGAACAACAACCCAAGAAAAAACGCUACCACAGACACACUGCUCGCCAGAUCCAAGAAAUGGAAGCUUUAUUCAAGGAAUGCCCACACCCAGAUGACAAGCAGAGGAUGAAACUCAGCCAAGAACUUGGCCUCAAACCACGCCAAGUCAAGUUUUGGUUCCAAAACCGGCGAACCCAGAUGAAGGCCCAACAAGACCGUUCUGAUAAUGUGAUACUAAGAGCCGAGAAUGAGAACUUGAAGAAUGAGAAUUACCGGCUGCAAGCGGCCCUCCGAAGUGUUAUCUGUCCUAACUGUGGUGGUCCAGCAAUGCUGGGGGAGAUCGCCUUUGAUGAACAACAACUUCGCAUCGAAAAUGCUCGGCUUAAAGAAGAGUUGGAUCGUGUUUGUUGCCUUGCUUCACGCUAUGGUGGCCGGGCGAUCCAAGCAAUAGGACCGCCCCCUCCACUGCUUGCGCCUUCCUUGGAUCUGGAUAUGAGUAUCUAUGCCAGGAAUUUCCCAGAGCCUAUGGCUAAUUGCACCGACAUGAUUCCAGUGCCUUUAAUGCCAGAAAGCUCUCACUUUCCAGAAGGCGGUCUCGUAUUAGAGGAGGAAAAGUCUCUUGCGCUUGAACUUGCCAUAUCAUCUGUUGAUGAGCUUGUGAAGAUGUGCCAGCUUGGGGAGCCUCUUUGGAUCCGAAGCAAUGAAAAUGGGAAGGAAGUAAUUAAUGUUGAAGAGUAUGGAAGAAUGUUCCCAUGGCCGAUGAACCUCAAGCAGCACCCAGGUGAAUUCAGGACAGAAGCUACCCGUGACAGCGCCGUAGUUAUAAUGAAUAGCAUCAAUUUGGUAGAUGCCUUCUUAGAUGCUAUGAAAUGGAUGGAGCUGUUUCCUUCCAUUAUUUCUAGAGCAAAAACUGUUCAAGUUCUUUCAGGCGUUUCUGGUCAUGCAAAUGGUUCCCUUCAUCUGAUGUAUGCAGAAUUGCAAGUUCUCUCACCUUUGGUUCCAACGCGUGAGACACAUUUCCUUCGUUACUGCCAACAAAAUGUCGAUGAGGGAACUUGGGCAAUUGUUGAUUUUCCCAUUGAUAGCUUCAAUGACAAUCUCCAACCUUCCGUGCCUAGAUACAGGAGACGACCCUCUGGCUGCAUUAUUCAAGAUAUGCCAAAUGGAUACUCGAGGGUAACAUGGGUAGAACAUGCUGACGUAGAGGAAAAACCUGUCCAUCAUAUAUUUCAUCACUUUGUCAACAGCGGGAUGGCAUUUGGAGCUACACGCUGGCUUGCAGUCUUACAGCGACAAUGCGAGAGGGUUGCAAGCCUCAUGGCCAGAAAUAUAUCAGACCUAGGAGUGAUACCUUCUCCUGAGGCUCGGAAGAACCUGAUGAAUUUAGCACAAAGAAUGAUAAGAACAUUCUCGGUUAACAUCAGCACUUCCAGUGGUCAGUCUUGGACGGCUCUUUCUGAUUCCUCUGAUGACACUGUUAGGAUAACCACAAGGAAAAUCACUGAGCCUGGGCAACCCAAUGGGGUUAUCCUAAGUGCUGUAUCCACUACUUGGCUGCCACAUCCUCACUACCAUGUUUUUGAUCUCUUGAGAGAUGAACGUAGGAGAGCUCAGCUUGAUGUUCUUUCCAAUGGGAAUUCCUUACAUGAAGUGGCACACAUUGCCAAUGGCUCUCAUCCAGGAAACUGCAUUUCUCUUCUUCGCAUCAAUGUGGCCAGCAAUUCAUCACAGAACGUAGAGCUCAUGCUGCAAGAGAGCUGCACCGACCAGUCCGGCAGCCACGUGGUUUACACCACCAUUGACGUGGAUGCUAUUCAGCUAGCCAUGAGCGGUGAGGACCCCUCCUGCAUUCCCCUGCUCCCAAUGGGGUUUGCCAUAGUCCCAGUGGUACCUAACAAUGACUGCAACAUCAUGACCACCACCGACGACAACCCGAUGCCGCCUUCAGGAGACGGAAAUGGACACAACUCAGGCUGUCUGCUCACUGUAGGUCUACAAGUUCUGGCCAGCACAAUCCCAACUGCAAAGCUCAACCUGUCGAGCGUCACGGCCAUCAACAACCAUUUAUGCAACACAGUACAUCAAAUCAAUGCUGCACUUAGCAGCAUCUGCCCUGAUAAUAGCAGUAGCAUGGUCGGCUCUUCCACAGAGCCAGCUGCUCCACCAAAGCAGUAGACCUAGGUUUCCGUAUCUUAAUUACCCAAAAUCUCCCUUUCUCUACCUUCUCCUCCGAUGGAAACAAACAUCCCUGCCUCACACCAAACGUGAAUCUUGGUUUUUUGCAUAAUGGUGUGAGAAGGGGCGAGGGGACCACUGGGUUCCUCUCUUCUUUUUGGGGUUUCUGAAAUGGAAAAAAGGAUGGGGGGAGAUUUUGGAUAAUUAGUAGGAAACCAAGAGAGGAGUGAAAGGUCAAAUAAGCGAGGUGGGUGUUUUGGUAAAUAAAGAAAGAGACAACGAUGUAAUGAAGGUAGUAGUUAGUUAGGUAGGUGAAAAUGUCUUAAAUGGAGAAAUGGUAGGGACAGUGGUGGUGGAGGGAGUCAAGAGCGCACCAGAUGGGAUCCUUGCUUGCUGGUAAGGCUUAAAAUGCGUAAAUGGCGUUUUGAAUGCGCUGGCCUCACCAGUCAGCAAGGGUGUUGGUUCGGGAAUUGACUCCUGCUUUGUUGUUUCCUCUUCAUUUUUUUUUAUUUUUUUUAUUUCAAUUUGAAUUUGAAUUGGUCUAUUUUUAAUUCCUAUGCUACUGAUGAAUUGUUUUAUUUUUGUU